UUCAUAUUAGGAGACACACGUGCAGUUAUGUCCAAAGCAAAACAAAAACGAGCGAAACGCCUGGGGUUUUGCGGUAAAAAGCCCUGGGAUGGGCAGCAGUCUCAAGCAGGGAGGAAGGAUCCUGGCUUGCCUAAUGUGCACAACUUCAAGGAACACAGUCUGAGACAAGCUGAGCUCAGAAAACAGAGGAUGGAGGAGCAAAUGGAGAGACAGAAGUUGUCAAGAGAGAAAGAGAUGAUGAAAAGGAGAAGUCUGGACAGUUUCCAGAAAGACAUUCAGCGACGGCAGAGAGACUUUGAACAGAGGGAACUUCAAAUGCAAAACUUGGAGAAACAUGUCAAUUUUGAAACUGAGAACUCAAGAAAGGCGUACUGCAGAGAAUUUAAAAAGGUAAUAGAGGCAGCAGAUGUUAUAUUAGAGGUUCUGGAUGCGAGAGACCCGUUAGGCUGUCGCUGUCCGCAGGUUGAACAAGCUGUUGUACAGAGUGGAGCCAACAAGAAAAUUGUACUUGUUCUGAAUAAAAUUGAUUUGGUGUCCAAGGACAUUGUGGAAAAAUGGAUCAAGUAUCUUCGCAAUGAGUUUCCUACUGUGGCUUUCAAAUCCUCCACUCAGCAGCAGAACAAGAAUUUGAAACGCAGCCGUGUGCCUGUGACCCAGGCUACACAAGAGCUUCUUGGAAGCAGCGCAUGUGUCGGGGCCGAUUGUUUAAUGAAGCUACUAGGAAACUACUGCCGUAACCAAGAUAUAAAAACCGCUAUAACUGUAGGAGUGGUUGGUUUUCCAAAUGUGGGGAAAAGCAGUUUAAUUAACAGCUUGAAGCGUGCUCGUGCUUGUAAUGUCGGAGCUACACCUGGAGUUACUAAGUGUUUACAGGAAGUCCAUCUAGACAAACUCAUCAAACUUUUAGAUUGCCCUGGUAUUGUAAUGGCAACAUCAACCAGCGACGCUGCCAUGAUCCUACGGAACUGUGUGAAGAUCGAACAGCUAGUAGACCCAAUUCCACCUGUUGAAGCCAUCUUGAGGCGCUGCAAUAAAAAACAGAUAAUGGAGAACUACGGUAUUCCAGACUUCCAGACAGUACAUGAGUUCCUAGCCAUACUUGCCCGUCGUCAAGGCAAGCUCAGGAAAGGAGGACUGCCUGACACUGACAAAGCUGCCAAGAGUGUUCUUAUGGAUUGGACCGGGGGUCGCAUCAGUUACUUCACACAUCCUCCGGAGACACACAUGCUACCCACGCAUGUCAGUGCUGAGAUUGUAGCUGAGAUGGGCAAAGCGUUUGACUGGGAUGAGUUGGAGAAGGGCAAUCUGGAGGCGCUUGCUGAGUGUAGUACAUCUGACUUAAAGAUGGGCUUCUGCAUGACUACAUCUGGAAUGACUCAAGGGGAUCAAGGAGAAGAACCUGCAGAGCUACGAAUGGAUGAACCUGACAAUCAAGAGACAGCUGAAUCAAUGGAUGCAGAUGAUGACCCAGAGUUUGGACCAAUGACGGUUGAGCUCAAAGUUCCCAAGACAAAAUCCAGUUGUGCGGUUGAAGCAGCAGGCCCAAAGCCAGUGGACUUAAAAGAUAUUGUGGAUGUUGACCCACUCAUGCAAGGACAGGCACUCCUGGCUGCCAACAAAAAGAGAAAGAAGCAACAAAAAAGAGCCGAUAAGCUUGGCACCAAACUUUCAGAUUCUCUCACAUCGGCUAUGAAUUUUUCCUUCUCUGACAGCUGAUGUGAUGAUUAUUAAGAGGAGUUCAUCCUACCCAUGGCUAGAAAUACUCCAUGUUUGUAUAUUUAAAUUAAAAUGUGCAAAUAAAUCUUCUUUUC